GCGGGUCCUGCGGUCAUGUUAACGUCUCCCCUACAAUUACCAACUGGACGAGUUUUUUGCAAUACUACCACAACGAUAAUUCGUCCGUCCGAAGUGACCUUAAGAGCCCACACCUCCAAUUUGCCGGUACUCGUGUACGGUACCAUUGCCGGUCUCAAAACUGCUAGUGUCAGUGUCAGUGUUCUACCCCCACCGUGCUUUCAGAUUCCUUGUCUAGGAGCGAACAAGUAUUCCUCGAGGAAUUUCCAGCAUCAUCAUCAGCUGGCACCCAGGAAUAUCGUUUAUGUUUGGGGUGUAGGAAGUCAGCUGGUUUGUCUACCGACGACUGUAGUUCCGCCAAGGUCGUGUCCGUUGCGCCAGCAGUACUUUUAUUUCGGUCAAGGACAGUACUCGUUGAACAUUAGACUGACCGGGAGCUUUGCAGGAGGAAGGGGAGUCGGAACUCCUGUCAGUUGUCUCGGUGGUAUGGAGACUAGGUACAAGACCAGCAUCAGGACCGGUGGCGUGAGAAGCGUUGGCUGCAGCGGAGGGGGAGGCGGGCAGCAAGCGGCCGGGGGCGGCACCCGCGGCGCCGCUGAAGUGCGGCGGGCCUACAAAGCCGCUGUGGUGCCUGCUUGCGGUGGUACCAAGACGGGACCGCGCGGAAGAAGGGGCGCGCGGGGAAUGAGCAUGGGCCAGAAGGUCAGCAACGGAGUCAAGGCGGGCAACGGCAGAGACGCCGCAGCCGCCCCCUACAAACCCGUGAUUCCCAGGGAACUAGCUCAAGACUUUGCGAGACCACCACGAUUGGACAUGUUGCUGGACAUGCCUCCCGCACUGAGGGAGACGCAACUGAAAUACAGCUGGAACCAGGACGAUCGCUCUCUAAACAUUUUCGUUAAGGAAGAUGAUAAAUUAACGUUCCACAGACAUCCCGUUGCACAAAGUACGGACUGUAUUAGGGGAAAAGUAGGAUUUACUAAGGGAAUGCAUUGUUGGGAAGUAUGUUGGUCGACGCGACAACGAGGCACACACGCAGUAGUAGGCGUAGCAACAGCAGAAGCUCCGCUUCAUUCAGUAGGUUACCAAAGUCUAGUAGGCAGCACGGAUAACUCCUGGGGCUGGGACUUGGGCCGCAACAAGCUCUAUCACGACUCGAAAAACCAACCGGGAGUACUGUACCCGGCUCUACUGAAACCCGACGAGACAUUUAUCGUGCCCGACAAAUUCUUGGUCGUUUUGGACAUGGACGAGGGCACUUUGAGUUUCGUCGUCGACGGCCAGUAUCUAGGUGUAGCUUUUAGAGGCCUCAAGGGCAAGAAAUUGUAUCCUAUCGUUAGCGCCGUGUGGGGCCACUGCGAAAUUACAAUGAGAUAUAUUGGUGGACUUGAUCAAUAACCAGGAAUAUAUGGCUCGAAAAACCGCACAUCGGCAACGUUGCAUCUACGACCAGCCAAUCAGAUGAUUUUAUGUGACUAUCUAUAAUGGAUUUGGUAGUGUUGCUGUGAAGUGAUAGAGAUAAAUUUUGUGAUUACUCAGUGGUAUUUUUUGAUUUAAAACUGUGGAAAGUGUGGUGAAGAACGUUAAAAUGGUACAUCGAUGUAUCUUUAAUGAUUCCAAGCACAUAUUUCGGCGGUAAGAAAUUUGACAUCAUUUUACGCUUGACAUUGGCAUAGAUAGAGGAUAUUUAUGGUAAUUUAUUGUGAAUGGAAAAUUGAGAGAAAACUGUACACGCCGCCACUGAACAGCGUUGCCAUUUUAUAGGUCUAUCUCUCUCUUACUUAUAUCAUGGACUAAAAGAUGAUUGAUUGUAAAUAUUGGGUGGUUUCUCAAUGGCAUGUUUGAUCUCUAGUUUUAUUAUUAGUCUGAGGGUGUAUCACCACAUUCUCCCCAGGCUUAUUUUGAAGCAUAAUCUGUCUGGCGACUGACAGUUUCUUCUAGGUCGGACUAAUAUGAAUUCAUCUCUGGAUGUGUCCAAGUGUGAAUUUUCAACUGCUAAGUGGUUUUGUUCACUAUAUGAUAGAGUUUUUCAGAAAAACGCAACUGGUCGUCCAGAUUGGCUUAGAAUUGCUGCUAUUGAGUGUUCGGAGGCGUCUGUUUCCACCACAAAUGGAAUGUUCUCUUCAGCGGCAGUGACAGCUGAUUUUGCUACUUCAGUUUUCAAGUUGUGACAUGCCCCAGUAAAGAAGCACCUGCGAACAAUGAGCUUGUAUAACGGAGGCACGAGCUGCAGACUAUGCGGAACAGAGACUGAAACAGCCCAACAUAUUAUAUCAGAACUCGCAGAAGACAAAAUAUAUUUGGACAAGAUGAACUAGAUCCAGACACAUACGGCAAACAUCCAACAAACCUACUUCGCCUACUGCAGGGAACCAGGGUUUUGCAAUGGGUGCAGUAAACAGGAAGAUUCAGCACAAUAAGUCUCCGGCCUCAGAAAUAAUCGACAAAAUUAGGCAUAAGAUUAACUUGACAAAUAAUUAAUGACACAAUCUUGAAUGACACACAAAGACAGCUGAACCACUUCCAUUGAUGGAUCUCUGUCGACGAGUUAUAAGACAGAAAAUAGGUAAAGCCCAUCUAGAAGAACGAGUAAUGGGUCUCCAGCUACCGCAGGCGCUGCAAACCUACCUACUCUACAGAGACCGAAGAUAAUGAUACUUACCUUCCACUAUCAGACGGUCGUUGUUGUCUUCCGCGACACCAUUUUGUAAAAAAAUCAUGGCGGGGCUGUACGAUUUUAGCUGAGAGAAAAACCGAACUGAUAUUUCUAAUUAAUUUUCAUAGUUUUCGCAGAACCAAAAAAGAAAAACCCAAUGGCAGGAGGACACAGACUUCAUUUUUUUCUGUGAUUGUGAACGAAUCUCGGGACAGUUUUGCGAGUUUUCUUUUCUUUUUUUUUUUUUUGGUUAGUGCACCAAUAAUACACACCACACGUGAAGCAACAAAAAAAAAAUUAUAUAAAAAAGUGUUUUUCUUAUUGAUCUCGAAAUGUUAAGGUUUUUCGCCAUAAUUAAUAAUUAAUUAAUAUGAGCUAGGGUGAAAAUUUUCUGAGGUGUAUAUAGGUAUUAGAGUUGAUGAUGAAAAAAAAAUUCCGAGUCUUCUGUAAACUUUAAGCACGUUGGCUUCCUGAUAAUAGCUUUAUCUCAUAUUUUUUUAAAGAAAUUGUUUUGGUAAGCGUUUGACAACUUGAUAGUAAAGUGCCCCAGCAACAACUUACAAUUUUGCAGUGUAAAUUAUAUAUUGAAAUUCUCAUUUGAUUUAUUGUAUUGGUAUUAGUUUAUUGUAAAUAUGUUUUUCGUUAUCUAAAUAAUUAAACUGUUCUUUUCGUUUAUUGUUUUGUUGUACGCGAAUUUUAGUAACAAAUUUCUAUGUUCCCGUUAGCUUAUUUUUUUAUAUAUUUUAGUUAGUUUUUUUUUUGUUUAACACAGCCAUAUUUGUUGUUAAUUUCCUAUUGUAGCCAUCAAACUAUUGAAAAAUUUCAUCGACUAAGUCCACUGGCCUAUAUUAUUAUGUAUUUUGUUGUUGGAAACAAUUGGAAAUUAUCAAGUCUUUUAACUUGCCCAAGGGUUACGAGAUGAAAGCUGGCUUGUGAUAAUAAAUUUUAACAGCCCGAUUUUUAAUUGAAAUUAUUUUUGUUUGUUUGUUAAUAAUUGCGAAGGCACUUUACUAAUUUCCAAAAAAAAAAAUGGCUUGUUGAUUGUGUAUUUUUUGGUAGCUUUGGUUGUCGGGGCCUUAUUUAUUUUUAGCCGUAGUUAUGAAGUAAGCACUCUUGAAAGAAAAUUUUUUAUCAGUAAAAAUCUACAGUAUUGGCAUGGUAUUUGAUAUUUAUAAUAAACAAUUAGGCGACAAGGUAUUCGACCUUUUCGUCUAAAUGUUUAUAGCAAUACAGUAAUGUCCCACCAGGACCAGUGCUACAUUAUAAUUUUUGCUAAAUGCACAAAAUCUCCAUUAUCCUGUUAGGAAGAUUCUUAUAAAUGUUCCACUAAGUUUGAAUAUUGUAGAUCAUCACUGAUUUGAAAUUGUUCAGUCUUUAAUUUCCUAGCAUCCCAAAACAUUGAAUUUUUGUCAGACAAGUAUUGUAAUCUUGUUUGUUUACAAUGCCUCAACUGAAGUAAAUUUAUUCCAUUUACAGAUAUGCAUUUUUUUAAAACCUCUAAAUCUAACAUCUACAUAAUUUCCAAAGCUUACGUUUAACAAUACUUCUAAUUUAUGGAGAGUCGUUUUAUAAGAAAUACACUUAGCUGUAUGUAUUUUACCAUAAUACACAUUUAUACGGGUUUUAGUUUAAUAAAAAUUAUUUGACACAAUCAGCAGGUUAUUUUUUUUUUUAAAUUGUAGCAGCGCAGCGAGCGACUUAUCGUCUUGUCAGUCAGUAAAAGGAAAUAGACUUAUUUUUGUAAAUAGAGAACUACGUAGAUAAGUGCCAGUUACACACAUAAUAAUUUAUACAUACAUAUUAUUAUAAUUAAAUGUACGUAUGACUGUAACCGUUUUAAAACAAGAGAAUAAUAGUUAUGGAUAAAGAUUUAAAAAAAUUAAUGGAAAUUUUGUUUUGUAGUAAAAAUUUUUCUCCCCAAACGGUCAUGAGAUGAUGCAGUUUGUGUGUCGACACAGAGAGUGUAUUUAAAGUAAAUGUGGUUUGUGUUUAGGUUUUAGACUAUUUUACAAAUUUUUUCAAAAGGACAUUUCAUGUGUAUAUAAAGCUGUAUGUAGUAGAAUUUAAUUUGAAAAUCUCUGAAACAUUGUUUUAAUUUAUUGGUUUUUGUUUUGAUAUAUUUCCAAAGUAAUAGUGUAUAAAAUAAACCCGUGCAUUUCUUGAGGGUUAGACGCUUAACAGGAUGUUUAUGUUUCAUUUAUGUCUAAUUCCCUCAUUAUGCAAAACAAAAAAUAAUAAUAUUUUUUUUAAAAUAAGGAAAUAAAUUUGUAAACACGAUUUUUUUUUUGUAUAUUUGUUUGAAAUCAGUCCAUGUAUGUGUUCAAUUUUUAUAACGUUUUUCCUGUUUUUUUUUUAUUUUUGGAAUGAAAACUCAUUAUUAUUCAAAUAAUGUAAUGAAUGAUCGAACUGUAAUAUUUACUUAUAAAUAAUUAAAUUUAAAAAUUAAAAAAAAAAAUUCGGAACAAAAUUUAAAACAUAUAAUAUUAUUGCAAUUUUGUAGCCGCCCGGACGAACUUUUACUAAUUAUAAGUAGGACGUUUCUUUUGUUUUAAUUACUAUUAUCGAUUUAUUAUUAUUACUGUAUUUAAGUUUGCUGUGAGAGUCCGGGCAUAUUUUUAAGUUAAUCGAUGUAUUAUUCUAAUUAAAAAUAAAAUUACUGUAAGAAUGAUG